GAUAGUAAUUUGUCGACUGUCACGGUAAUUUAUCUCACAGUUAUACUUUGUAUAUAUCUUAACGAAUCGUGUCUGAGAAUAGGGAGAACAAUUAAGUGUAGUGCAAAUACACAGAUUAUUAUACUAUUACAAAAUGUGGAAUGUAAAGAUGCUCUUUUGUAUCCUUUAUCUUACAGUAUUACAGAAAGUAGCAGAAUGUGCCUUAACGAAAGAACAGAUCAGAAAUAUGUCGCCAAGUACAAGACCGUCAUGUCAACCUGGAGCUGAAGCAUCAGCACAACAAGUUGAUACAACUCAACGUCUGUCUGAUUUAAGAAGCCAUUUCCAGUCAAAUGGUAUUAAUGGAUACAUCAUACCUUCUGUCGAUGCUCAUCAGAGUGAAUAUGUGUCUGAAUAUGACAAAAGAAGACAGUUUAUUUCUGGAUUUUCUGGUUCUCAAGCCACUGCUGUUGUAUUGGAGAACAAAGCAGCCCUUUGGACAGAUGGGAGAUACUUCUUACAAGCAGAGGACGAAUUAGAUUGUAAUUGGAUAUUGAUGAAGGGCAGAUCAGGAACAGAAACAGUGCCAUCUAUAACAGAAUGGGUAAUUGCUGAAUUAGAGGGUCAGAACGGAGUUUUAGGGGCUUAUCCUUUUUUGAUAGGUAGUGAUGAUUGGAUAAAAAAGGAUAAAAAAUUAGUAGAAAAUAAUAUGAAACUAGCACGUGUUGAAGAGGAUCUGAUUGACAAGAUAUGGACAACAGGCAGACCUGUGCAGCCUAACACAGAUAUACAUGGAAUGAAACUCACUUUCACAGGAAAGUCAUGGCUAGAUAAGUUUAGAGACAUAAAACAAGAGAUGGAAGAGAAAAACGUUAAUGCCCUGGUUGUCACAAGUCUGGAUGAAGUAGCUUGGUUAAGUAACUGCAGAGCAUCAGAUGUACCUUACAAUCCAGUGUUCAUGUCGUAUGCUAUUGUCAACAGACAAGCAAAUACAAUAAGAUUAUACAUUAGAGAAAAGAAUACAAAAUUACUCAAGUCUCGUGACCCUGAAAUGUCUACAGAUGAUUUGUUUGAUCAUCUUAAUAUUGGAAGAGACGGUAAUUGUGCCAACAGAAAAGAUGGAAAUAAAAUAUGUUUUGAGGUAUUUGACUACAAUGACAUACUUGAUGGUGUAAGAGAACUAAAUUCAACUGUGGAUAAAAUUUGGAUAUCCUACGGUUGCAGCUAUGCUAUUUAUGGACUGAUUGAUAAGGAUAAAAUUUACCAAGCAAAUACGCCUAUAGCUCUGAUGAAAUCUGUUAAGAACCCUGUUGAACAGAUGGGUUUAAAGAAAUCGCACAUCAGAGAUGCAGUAGCCUUGAUUACGUUUAUGGCCAAAUUGGAAAAGCAGGUACAAGAAGGGGAAUUUUGGACAGAAAUGUCAGCUGCUUCAGAUCUUCAAAGACACAGAAGAAAACAGGACCUUAAUAGAGGAUUAAGCUUCGAGACAAUCUCUAGUAGCGGUUACCAUGGAGCUGUCAUUCAUUAUGCUCCAUCAAAUAAAACAGACAAACAAAUUACAACAUCAGAGAUGUAUCUAUUGGAUUCUGGUGGUCAGUACUUGGAUGGUACUACAGAUGUAACCAGAACGUUUCACUUUGGUUCUCCAACCGAUUAUGAAAAGGAAUGUUAUACUUUGGUAUUAAAGGGACACAUUGCUUUAACACAGUUUGUGUUCACCACUGGUUUGAAAGGUAGAGAACUGGAUGCACUGGCAAGACGACCGUUGUGGAAAUUUGGACUACAAUAUCUUCAUGGUACAGGUCAUGGUAUAGGAUCUUAUCUUAAUGUACAUGAAGGACCUGGAAGAAUAUCUAUAUAUGCAGGAGAAAGUCCAACAGAUGCUGCUUUACAGAAAAAUAUGUUCUUUUCCGUUGAGCCUGGAUAUUAUGAGGAUGGGAAAUUUGGAGUCAGACAUGAAAAUAUAGCACAGAUUGUGAAGGCUGAAACAAAGUAUCAUUUCAAAGACAUUGAAUUCUUAACAUUUAACACCGUUACCAUGGUCCCCUAUGAACCACAUUUGAUCGAUUACAGCUUACUUACUAAAGAUCAGGUUGAAUGGAUAAACAGUUACCACAAGAAGGUACAGAGUACGAUAGGACCACUGAUAAAGAACGACCCAUUGGCGAGUAAAUGGCUCAGCAGCAGGACAGGAUUUGUAGAUAUGGUCAGCAAUGGCAUACAUCUGACUGCUAGCACUGUUUUAAUAACUGUGAUGGCAUCCUUUUUAUAUAUUUACUUAUAACGUGCAUUUAAAUCAAAGUCUUGUUAGCUUGCUUGUAGUGUGAAAAAGGUAGAUAUGGAUUAUAACUUGUUCAACGUUUGUGUAAUCCAUGUAUAGUUAGAUUAUUCAUUAGAAAUGUCAAUAAAAGUUUUUAUAAAACAGUU